AUCUCUGUAGUCGAAAACUCUUCAAGAUGGAGAGUAUUGAAACGCCUUACGAUGUUGAUGCUGACUUCAUUGUUUGUAAGGUCUGUGAUAAAUCCAUACGGGGCGAAACGUUGUAUAAGAUACAUCUGACUACACCUGGACACGUAAAGGUACACUAUGCCGUGUGGUGACGUAUAAUGUAUAUACAUUUUUUAACCUAGCCAUACAAGUUAGUGUCUCGUUGUACUGGUAACAUCAAUCUUGUUAAGUUGUGUUUGUUCACAGGUCAAUUUUUUGGUAUCACACAGUUUUCUGGAUCCCUCUUGUCAGUGGAUUUCAUUAUUACAUGUUUUUUUUGUUAUUAUACAAUGUUAUACAUUGAGCAAAUCAAGCCUGGUGUCUAAAGUUACCUACAGGAACUUUGGGUUUCGUACAUAAUGUAGCAAAUCAUAAGGUUUGUUAUACUUGAAUAAUGUCAUUGAGCUUCACCUGCGUUUGAAGAUGUUCUGACAGAUGUUCUCUGUCUGCUUCUUAUGGAGAAUUGCAUGGAUUUUUUCCAGCCCCACACAGGCAACAACCAUGUGUGCAACACCACAGAAGGGCACUUAAAGCUGCCCCCUGCUCACUUUGGUGAUGGGUAAUGUGCAGAGGUCACAUUUGGUUGUGUACAGUGGUGUGCUGUGUCACGAUAGUGUCACAAGAAGUUCACUUCCCUUUCCACUGGUGAGUUGUUUUUUCCCCACUGAUUUCAGUUUUCGAUAUUUUCGGUAAGUGUGACUUACCAAUACCGACUUGGAUUUUAUUCACUUGUCAUAACUAAUUAUGAAAUAUUUCCCACUACAGCUUUCAUAAUAUAUUGUUUGAUAACAGGAAUGAUUAACUAAAUGGAAAUGGGUUCCUGUUCUUGAUCAAACUUCCUGACUAUAAAUCCAUGUGCAGUAUCUCUGCAUAACAACAGAUGUGUUUGUUUGUAAUUAGUGACUUUCAGAAAUGAACCUAUUGCAUGGCACUGGGUGCUGAGAGCUAUCAAGAAGGAGAACUGCCAACACAUGCAGGGGCAAAGUGCUCUUUCCUGAGCAUUAAUGGAAUUUUUUGACGAACAAAAGCAUUGCUGCUUUGUCACCUGAUAUAAGAUUCCUCUUCUCAUCUUUCACAUGAACUGCAAACAAAAGCUUGUCUGACUUGAAAGAGGUCUGGAAACACUACGUCGGGAAAAAUAAAAAUGUCGACUUGCUGUGGCUGGCCAUGUUUGGGUGGAAGAGUGUGUUUUGAUGGUUGGAUUAGGUUGGAUUUGUUAUUUUGAACACUUCGUGGUGGCUCCCAAUAAUUUGCUCCCACACAUGGAAAGUUCUCCAUCUUCUUGUGUUGUCAGCAGAUCAGCUGCAACAGGUGAUCUUGGGAACCUUCUUGUUACAUUUAUUACAAAUAGGGCACUUGGAGCUUCCUUGGGUCGCUGUGAAGAACUUCCAAGCAAACAACAUGUUAGCUUCAGCUCUUCUUCUGUACUCCGACACAGAAAGCAUACACAAAAUGACCCUUAAUCAUAAUAUACCAGUGCUGUUUUCUGGGAAAACAUGGUCUUUGUCAUUGUGGUAAGGUUUCGGUUUGAAGCUUGCAAAUUUUGCAUUAGCGAGACUCAUUUCUUUGGAACACUAAAAGGUUCCACUCAGAGUAUUAUUCCUAAAAAGGCCGCAGGAGAAAGGAGUUAUCAUAGGGCUCCAGUGCCAUUGUUGAAUUUCAGUCAUUUUACUACACCUCAAAUGAGAUAUAGUUUCCAAUGUGUAACUUUUUCUCUGUUUUAUUAGUGAUGAAUUCAGUGACCUGUUCAACUAGCACAGGUCUACUCACUGUAUUUGCUCUCUUUUAUUCUGGCAGAAAGAGGGAGCCAGUGUCACCAAUGGUAAGUAGAUGUCAUUUGAAUGUGUUUCAUCUAUUUGUCUCCGUUCACAUGAAGGUGGUAAUUUUUACAAGAUCCUUGUCAAAUAUUGAUUUAUUUAAAAAAAAAAGACAUGCAAAGACUUUGUUACAGCAACAUACAGUAAAGGCAGGUAAGCAGUGUUUUCCUUCAGGUAUUCUAAGGGGAAUUUCAGUCGUUUUUUUGACCAGAAUGAAUGAAAAAAAUCUACCUGAUGAUCCAACAUCCACGCUCAUCUCAUGAGUGCUUUUGUAGGAGCACUCCCAGAAGAAACGAUAAUUUGGUUCAAUUUCUUGUCCUAAUGAAUUAAGGCUGAAGGACGUCACAAGUGUUGGUCAUUUGGUCAAGCUCUCUCACAGCUCUGUUCACAUAAGAUAUUCAGCUCUUGUAAGAAUAAGCCAGAAUGUUUUACCCAAGAAAACACACCCAGGAGUUGGACCAGAACAGGACACGCCUCACACUUCCACUAAUCGCAAUUUUGCCUGAUUGAUUUCUAUAGGCAACUCAGAGUGGAAGUUGCAUAUGGAUACAUACAGCCCAACUAUGAAGCCAAGUGUGACCUGGAACAGUCAUCCAGAGAAUGGGCCAGGCCAACAACUGCAGACUAAGGGGAGCCCACAAUUCAGAAACCCAGAAAAGCCCACAUCUGCUGAAAGUGACCCAACUCUCUGAAGACCAGCGCCCAAGUUUCUCCUUCUAAAGGAAACACCUCCAUCUGAAAAUGUGGGACCUCAACAAGUCAUUCAACUACAGGUCUAAACCACUAUUCUUCCCACUCAAUGACAACGGGAACACCCCCAAACCUGGGGCCUGACCUUAAGUCUGGAUUCAAGUCACCUGAGAACCUCUAACCAAAAUUAUGCAGACGAAGCUACCCAGACACCUAAGCACUAUCAACAUCUUUGACCAAACCAGACCACACAUCCCAGACUACUGCUAGAGAAGUAGACACCACAACUGCAGUGUGGCCAACACCAAUCAAUCAGGUGGUGAAUCUGACCUGAACCUGAAGAUAUUGUGAAGUGGCUCACAAUAUGUCUGGGGGACCAGCGUUUGCACAAACUCUGACCCUAAAAUGUCCUUAACCUGCUGGAAUCUUGCAAACACAUGGAUGGCAGGUGAUUAUAUGGAACAUCCCAACAGGAAGACAAUCUGAUUUAAACAUCAUAUGUGCUAUGGUGUGCUCAAAGACAACGGAGGUGCAGCCAAAAGGGCCUUACCAGAAUUUAAAGACAUUUUACACUACCUGGAUUACUUGCAGCUAGAUGAACCAAUCAUUGGUUUGGACUAUGUGCAGGGUGUCCCUUCUGAUGAACUUGGGAACCUGAAGUACUUAUGUGGACUGUGUCGCCUCACAUCGAACCUGUCAGAAAUGGUCCACCACUUGAUUGGACGGAAACACAGACAGAGAUAUGUGGAAGUGAAACGACCAGACUUGGUAACCUGGGAAAAGAAUAUCUCAAUUAACCAAGCAGGAAAAAUCAUUCGUGCCAAGGCAGAAAUAAUUGAGCGUCAGGAUGGACGAGGGGUUCCAACUCUACUGACAAAGAAAGCAAAUGAAAAUAAACUCAACAAAUCAAAAGCUCCUGCAAAGCAGUGGAAAACCUGGGUGCAGAAUCCGGCACAUUCUGAAAAGAGUGCACAGACACACUCACGAGGACGCAGGGAAUAUGGAAAUGAAUUCUCUCACACAGGGAGGUAUAAUCCAGAAUUCUCUGAUGUACGACCGUACCCACCUGAGGAACCUCACAGUAGCAGAGAGAGAUUGAUGUACCACCCAAUGGGUGACUUUAGGGAUGACCAUCACAGGGAGUAUAGGGAAAAUGCAAACAGACACCAAUACAUGGAUCCUGAUAAUGGUAUGAAUUAUGGUGGAGAUUCAUAUGGAAGGACAACAUGCGAGCCAGGAGGUGACCAGUAUCAUCCUGAGGAGAUACCAUUACCUCAUGGACAGACACGACAUGUAUAUGAGUAUGACCCAGAAGAGAGUGCAUCUUACAGUAGACCCCUCCCAGACAGAGAUCCUCUGAAGGAGUUCUUCUUUGAGGAAGUUCAGCUCCAGAAACAUUCAGAGUAUCACCACUCAAAGGUUGAACGCCAGUGGCCGCUAAAUGAGAACUAUAGUAGACACAUCAGUACGAGUACAGCGAGUACGCAGGCAUUGAGAGAACCAGAGGCUAUGAGGAGCUUCUCUGGUCAAAGAGGGAACAAUACAGCUGCUUUGUACAAUAUUAUCAAAGAUUAUCAGAGAACAGUGAGGGAACCGAGUAAAGAGUCUGAAACAAAGGGAAGAAAAGUGGAGAUAACUAAAUCCAUGUCUGGAAUCCCAGAGCCUUUUAAACGCUUUCUGACAGGAGCCAAUAGUGACGAACAACCUGGGACAAGAAAAAGGAAAAGUCGCUUCUCUGAUGCCACAGCAGAAGAAGAAGUGUCAAUGGUCAGGAAUGAAUAUGAACCUCCACAUUCCAAGUACUCCAGUUCCAGCAGACCUGGAUCCCACAGUGACUUUUACACAGGGUCACAGAAAUCACAGUAUGCCGAACAGUUCCGUGGAGAAGAGUCUGAGCCUGUUUUCAACAUGCUGAAAGGUGUGGAAAUUGAAAAUGCAGAAGAAGCAGAGUUCCUCAAGAACAAACUCUGUGGCCUUUUGAAAGAAUUUAGGACCAGAAAAUCUGAGAGGACCAUGGAUCAAGAGGAUCUAGACCUUAGACGAUCGCAAAACCACAGCAUGAGAGAUGAUCACAGAGGACCAGACUGGAGACGUCAGGACUGUCCACCCGAGGAAAGGUUUCAAGGAAAUGCUGUGCGAGGUGAAAAUUCCCAUAGAAGCCGUUAUGAAGAGGUUUUUGGAGUCCAUGGAGCAUCUCGUCUACAUGGCUCUUCUUAUUUAGAUGAACCUUCACACUAUUCUGAAAGGUUUGAAGAACCCAUGCCCCCUCGUGGGUACCAUCAUGGUGCCAGGGAGUAUUUUGACUCCCACUCUCAUCCACCUGCCCAAAAUCUGGAAGGGUCACAUUAUUCCAAUAAACUGGACAAAAUAACAUCCACCCUCUUACAGCUUGUGUCUCGGAAGUGAUCAGUCGGACUUCCAUAAAUACUAUGUUAAAAAAACAAUUUAAAUACUUUUGUAAAAUAAACUUUAGGAAGCUAUGUCUAAUUUACGCUUUUUGUUGAGUAAUUUUUCAUACGUUUUGCUUCUGAAGUUUUAUUUCUGAUUAAAUAAUUUGUCCACAAUUA